AUGUUGAGGCGAGUCUGUAGACACGUAGUGGGCUCGAAUUGGAAUUUUUUCCUUCCUCUCGGUCGGGCUCCCGAUCGCGCCCCUCUCCCUUCGUUGGCACAGCGGCCACCACUAAUCACCAUAGCCACCGCCAUAGCUGCCGGAUUCCGUUGGAAAGAGCUCGAAAUUGCGCCGGUUUUGGCAGAAACUUCAUGGCGUCGAUCUCUCUCCUCCGACCAUCACUUCCGACAAGGUGUUACACCUAGGGUAGGAGUUUGGGCUGGCGGUUUAGAGUUUUUCCGGCUGCCGGAUAUUGAUCAAACCACCCACGCGCUACCAGCGCGUGUGGCGGGACGUGGACGAAUGGGUGGGGACUACUUUCAGUCCUAG